AAAUAAGAGCGCAGCCUUGUUUUUUUGCUCGACGGACGGUGAACACUCAACUCAAAACGGAUCGAGUGCAAGUGUCCUAAAUAACAACUUGCUUAUUCAAAUUUCGUCGGGCUCGCAGGCAGAUAAAUGAUUACAUUAAGCACCUGGUGGGCUGCUUCAUUCGUAGUCGGACGCAUCAUGUUAAUCUCGCGGGCUUGAGCAGUCGGCAGCGAAUGAUCGGACUCUGGGACACGGUGCGGUUAUCAUCACUCACUGCGUGUGACUAAGGGUCAUCGGCGGAAUGGAUCGGCUGAUAAACUACACGGACAUCCUGCUCAGGGUGCCCCCCUUGUUCCUGAUGGACAUCCUGAUGCGGCUCGAGUACGACGUCCCUGCCGACAGCCUCAAGGUUGUCGACGACCUGGCCAUCAUGCAGCCCUCCGAGAGGGUGAACAAUUACGAUGACUUGGUCUCGUCGACCGACCCGCUGGCCAUCAAGUCGAUCCUCUGGUAUCUCGCGAAGCUGUUUAUCUCAACGUCAGGCUGUCUGUUCGCCCUGGGCGUGUUCCUGCUGCCAAAGCCGUAUCUAAUCAACGUGUACAAAUUCCUCGGCUGCAUCGGCAUCAUGUUCAUCUCGUACUGGGCCAACGUGAGCACGACCAAGGCGGUGAUCGCGGCUAGGGAGAACAACGAGAUGAACCCGCACACGUCGAUCCUGCACAGCGUGCUCAGCCUCGACCUGCAGGGCGUGCUCGACUGGAACGAGGCCGCCCUGGCCAUCGUCAAGAACUACGUGGUGCAGUGCACUCUCGGUCUCACCUUCCAGCACAUCGAGCUCGGCCCGGCCAACCGGCUGAUGCAGCUGCUGACCAUGCCGGCCUUCAUGGCGCCGUCCGUGCUCGCCAUGCUGCCCGUGCCCGACUACAUGCUGCACCACUCGCCCGUCUUCGCGGCUCUGCUGCCCCUGGGAAAAAUCAAAAUGACUUGUUGGACCAGCGCUGUCCAGGUGUGCAACAACAUAGUCCAAGGCUACAGGUAUGCUCGUCAGUUUGUGAGUGACGUGGGUCUGACCGCGCUGCUGGAGAACGAGUGGGUCAGACUGCGAGUGCCGACAGUGCUGAGGACGUUUUGGAUGUUGCGAGUGGCUGAGCACACAAUCAGCGCGCUCUCCAAGUGCUUCUUCCUGAAAGAGCAGGAAGUGGACGCUUCUAAGUGCACCUCGGACACUUUGUUGGAGCUGCCACGGGAGCUGCUCGUGACAGGGUGUGAAACGCAGACGGCUGUGCUCGGAAUGACGAGCGUCAUUUCUUUUCUUUGCCACUAUGUCGGCAGCUUUUUCCAGUGGAUUUUGUUGACUGAGGAUGAAGACGACAGGAGCAUAGGCACCGUGUCGGCCAUCCUGUUUUUCAUCCUGGCUCUACAGACUGGUCUGACGGGUCUGGACCCUGAGAAGCGGUUCAUCCGGCUGUGCCGCAACUUCUGCCUGCUGUUCACAGCCAUCCUGCACUUCAUCCACAACAUAGUGAACCCGCUGCUCAUGUCGCUGAGCGCGUCGCACAACCCCGCGCGGCACCGGCACGUCCGGGCGCUGUCCGUGUGCGCCUUCCUUGUCGUCUUUCCCGUCGGGCUGCUUAUUUACCUCUGGUCGCAGCACACGAUGAGCACUUGGCUGCUCGCCGUGUCCGCCUUCAGCGUAGAGGUGAUCGUCAAGGUGAUCGUCUCGCUGAUGAUCUACUCGCUGUUCCUGAUCGACGCGUACCGCUCGACAUUCUGGGAGUCGCUGGACGACUACGUGUACUACAUCCGCGCCUUCGGCAACACGGUUGAGUUCUGCUUCGGCAUCUUCCUCUUCUUCAACGGCGCCUGGAUCCUGGUGUUCGAGUCGGGCGGCGCCAUCCGCGCCAUCAUGAUGUGCAUCCACGCCUACUUCAACAUUUGGUGCGAGGCGCGCGCUGGCUGGAGCGUCUUUAUCAAGCGCAGGACGGCCGUGAAGAAGAUCAACUCGCUGCCCGAGGCAACCGAGGAGCAGCUCGAGAAGCUGGACGACGUGUGCGCCAUCUGCUACCAGGAGAUGUCCAGCGCAAAGAUCACAAGGUGCAGGCACUUCUUCCAUGGCGUCUGCCUCAGGAAGUGGCUCUACGUGCAGGAUCGGUGUCCGCUCUGCCAUGAAAUAUUGCAUCUGGUCGAAGACGAUUAUGUGCCAGCAAAUUUCGACGACAAUGUCGGAAACGAGCAGUUUGACGCUCCUGCAGGCUUCGCUGAUCAAGACUUGCAGCAAUAAAAGGACUAUUCCACAACUGGGGGACACUCCACUGUUAAAUUUUCUGUCCGAAACUCGAGAGACGCAAGGACGCUUGUGUCGGAACAAUAAUCUACGCUGCUCAUGCCAACGCACGCUUGAUUUCCAUUUGUUGAAUUCCAAAAUUAGGAGUCCCUCGUUGCUGCAGAGUGAAAACAACGGACGUUUCUCUUGUGAAAUGCUCGGAAUUGUGAUUUUCUUCCAUGUUAGCUGACCCAAGUAAAUGAAUUCCAAACCAACGGUUCACUUACGAUUGGUAUUGUGGUUUUGCAUUGACACACACACACACUCGUGAUGCAGGGUUUCUUUGAAUAAUGUACUGUAACAGUCUUUGCUAAUUUGAUGUGGCGAUUGAAAUUUCGGUCACUCUCUUAAACAAUGUGUAUUCCACGAUUAUAUAAUGACAAACUUAAUACAAAUACUGUGUGACUGGAAACUUUUAAGCAACCCGGCUCAAUUGCUAAAUUUGGGAACCCUGUGGAAAUUAUUGUUUUCAACACACCAAUUGAGACUGACAAACUUAAGAAAGGGUUUUAGAAUAGUUUAUCUCGCUGCUGAAUAUUUAAUACGGAGGAAAUGUGCGCGUGAUCUUGGUUUAAUUAAAUGCCGCCAACUGGGUGAACUGCGAGCUGUUUAGUUUAGUUUAGUUUAGUGUCGCCGUUCACCGGGGAAGCUGGAUUUAUUUCUGCCAGAAACACGUUUAAUUCCUGUCGUGCAUCAGCCUAUACACAAUAGGCUUUUACAAACAAAAUGCGUGUAUACAUGUCGCACAUCUUGUUUGUAUGUCACUCAAUUAAAUUGCAACUUUUAAAUUUUAUUUCUUGUCCACUUUAAGGUUCUCAAGAUUGGUUGACAUGCCAUCUCAUGCAUUUUGAAGGAAAAAAGUGAAUUAAAUAAGGAAUUAUCUACUUA